AUGAGCCGCGCCGGGAUCUGGGACAUGGACGCGCUGCGCGCGGACGGCGGGGCCGCUGCAGCGGCCCCAGCCUCGUCGUCGUCGUCGUCGUCUUCCUCGGUGGCGGCGCCGGGCCAGUGUCGCGGCUUCCUCUCGGCGCCGGUGUUCGCCGGGACGCACUCGGGGCGCGCGGCUGCUGCGGCGGCGGCGGCGGCGGCGGCGGCGGCGGCGGCGGCCUCGGGCUUCUCCUACCCCGGGACCUCGGAGCGCGCGGGCUCCGCCUCAUCCUCGUCGUCCUCGGCGGUGGUCGCGGCGCGCCCGGACGCUCCGGCCGCCAAGGAGUGCCCGGCACCCAGCGCGGCCGCCGCAGCGCCCCCCGGCGCCCCGGCGCUGGGCUACGGCUACCACUUCGGCAACGGCUACUAUAGCUGCCGCAUGUCGCACGGCGUGGGCUUGCAACAGAACGCGCUCAAGUCGUCGCCGCACGCCUCGCUCGGAGGCUUCCCGGUGGAGAAGUACAUGGACGUGUCUGGGCUGGCGAGCAGCAGCGUGCCAGCCAACGAGGUGCCCGGGCGAGCCAAGGAGGUGUCCUUUUACCAGGGCUACACUAGCCCCUACCAGCACGUGCCUGGCUACAUCGACAUGGUAUCCACCUUCGGCUCCGGGGAGCCACGGCACGAGGCGUACAUCUCCAUGGAGGGCUACCAGUCCUGGACACUGGCCAACGGGUGGAACAGCCAGGUGUACUGCGCCAAAGAGCAGCCCCAGGGCUCCCACUUUUGGAAAUCGUCUUUUCCAGGGGAUGUGGCCCUAAAUCAGCCAGACAUGUGUGUCUACCGUCGGGGAAGGAAAAAGAGGGUGCCGUACACCAAACUGCAGCUCAAAGAACUGGAGAAUGAGUAUGCCAUUAACAAGUUCAUUAACAAGGACAAGCGGCGGCGAAUCUCGGCUGCCACAAACCUAUCUGAGAGACAAGUGACCAUUUGGUUUCAGAAUCGAAGAGUGAAAGACAAGAAAAUCGUCUCCAAACUCAAAGACACUGUCUCCUGA